AUGAAAGUUGAGAACGUAAAAAGUAAAAGUAAAUUAGCUUCUCUUAAUUGUUUUCUUGAUAAAAAUGUGCUUAUUCGCGUUGGAAGACAAAUAACCAAUUCUAGUGUUAACGAUAACAUUAAACAUCCUAUUGUCCUCUCAUCUAAACAUCCCUUAACUUACAUGAUUGUAGAGUAUUUUCAUUUGAAAUAUUUGCAUGCAGGAUCCCAGACUUUGUUGUACCUAAUACGUCAAAGGUAUUGGUCGUUAAACGGUAUGAAAUUGUGCAGAUUGGUGAUACACAAUAGUGUCAUGUGCACAAAGAACAAAGAAAUUGUAGAGCAACAGUUGACGGACCAACUGCCUAAGGAACGCAUAGAACCUUCUCCUCCAUUUACGGUUACCGGCAUAGAUUUUUGCGGACCCUUUUACGUGAAAUUCAAAAGACAGAGGAAUUUCAUUGGCGCAGAUGCCGAGCUAAAACGACUUCUGAAAAUCGUAAUUUCUCCAGAUGAACAAUUGGUUCAAUAUUUCACGGAGGAAACAAUUGACUGGCAUUUUAACCCUCCAGGAUCUCCUAAUUUUGGAGGAUUGUACGAAGCCGGCGUAAAAUCCUUUAAGUAUCAUUUAAAACGCUUAGCCGGAAAUUCUUAUUUUACUCUGGAAGAAUUCAUUACAGUAUUAGCGGAAAUCGAAGGAGUUCUAAACUCCAGACCAUUGACUUCAUUGUCAGCUGAUUUUGAUAACUUUGAAACCCUAACCCCAGGGCAUUUCCUUAUUGAGAGCAUUUCCCAGGGCAUUUUCUUCCAUCGCAGAACCCCCACUACAGAUAUCAAUGAAAAUAGGCUUAGCAAGUGGGAAAAGGUUCCAGAUGCUCUCAGAGAAUCUGGAAGCUUUGGAAAAGAGAUUACUUAA